AUGUACGCACGCUACACGACUACUGUUAUUUGCAGCUCCAUCGUCCAAAUGUCUGCGGCUGGCUGCGGCGUAUCAGCACAAAACUCGCAACCCAUUUGUGCCGAAACCUGCGCCGAGUACGCUCAGAGCGAAGCUUACAUCACCGCCGACACAGCUCUAUGCGGGAACCCUAAUGGCGACCUAAAUAAACUGAUUCGAGCCGAUUUCACCGUCUGUGCUCUCCCUGAACAGGCCCUUUCCGGCGGCUGCAUCGUCGGCGUGGAUAAUGAGCCGGAUAACUGUGGAUUUGGUAACAGCACCAUUGGUCUCUGCUCAUACUGCGGUGCCGGCGGCAUCAACUCCACGGAUACCUGUUGCUACAGUGCCGGUGCGGAAUCCCGGUGCAAAGGGGUUAAGCUGCCCGAUAUCACCGCCACCUUGACCUUUACCGCGCCCACUUCGACCUCGACACCGACAAGCUCCCCAGAGCCAGUUGCCAGCAGUGGCGGCAGCCACCUCAGCGGCGGUGCCAUCGCCGGUAUUGUGAUUGGUGCCAUUGCUGGAGUUGUCAUUCUUGCUGCUCUCUUGUUCUUCUGCAUUAGGAUGAUGAGGCGCAGACCAAGCAGCGCACAGGGCAGCAUCUUCAACCAGCCUUCCCCGGCUCGCAAAGGACCUCCCAUGAGCCAGGACGGCGCGGCACUUCCCCGAGGAUACGAAAUUCUUCCCGGCGGUCGUAUCGCGCGCAUGUCUGCUUUGGAGGGCCACUCGGGCAACUCUCCUUCCCGCCACGGCAGCUCUCCUUCCGGCCGCGCGGUGCCGUAUGCCCCCAAGGCUGGAGAUCGCAUGUCCUCAUCCGAAUUUGGCGAUACUCCCGAGCCCGAGACUCCCUAUGCAUCACUCCGCGGCCCACCGAUGACGUCCAGGAGACAAGGCUCUCUAUCCAGCAACUCAAUGCUUGGAAGCGAUGUCCCUGGUAGCCCCAUUGGAUUUUCAUCUCCCGGCGGGCUGGCAAGUCAGCAGUCAGAGCAGUUGCCUUUCUUCAAAGACUACUAUUCGCACGACGAUAUCCACCCCGGCGAAAAGGUUGCCGUCCUGUGGGCUUACCAGCCGAGGGCUCCGGAUGAGUUUGCUCUGGAGCGUGGAGAUAUGCUCAAGGUCGUGGGCAUCUGGGAUGACGGUUGGGCGACGGGUCUCAUGGUUAACCAGCGAGCGGAGGAAUGGGAGGCCCGGAGACAGGCGCAGAGAGAUAGUGGCGUAUCGAGCUCGUCCGCUCCCAGAGACAGUUCGCCCCAGGGCCACGGCGACCUCAAGGCAUUCCCCUUGGUGUGCGUCUGCCUGCCGGAGCACUGGAGGAAGACGAUUGAGGGAGAUGCUUCGACGGAUACUGGAGCCAGCGGCCUUCAUGGGACGCCUGUUUGA